AUGAAACAUCCCGGAGUCAAGAGGAGUACGGUCGACCUGCAAAGGGAGGGAACAGAGGACGUCACGGGUAUGGAGAUGCUCGGCCUGAUCUGCCUGCCGGGCAGGCUGGUGAUGGGCAUUACCCGCGUCACGAUGACCGGUACGGUGCAGCGCCUCAAAUCCGCGCCCAGAAUCACCCCGGCCCUCCGAGCAGGAGCGCCACAAUGCAGUUCAAUGACCCUGCUGGUCCCGGUGCUUUGCCACCGAGACCGUCCACCGCAGGUCCGCAUCAUCGUUCUCCGCCGCAAAGGUUUUAUCCAGCAGCUCCUUCAGCGCAGCCGCAGGGACCACACCAAGGUGAUUAUGACUACCGAGGAUAUGGGCAGACGCCAGGGCAGACGCCGCUUGGUCAAGGUCCUGCCCCCCCAGAUGUAG